AUAUAUAUUAUAUUAUGUAACUCUGAACGCUCUUUGUUUGUGUCCGUGAAUGCAUUUGUCGAUGUGCGAUUAUAUAAACAUCCAGGCAAUAGCGAUGCGCCGCUGCAAGAACAAUACGUAAUUAGUUUGAAACACGAGCGCUUUUAUAAUGUGAUUAAGAGUCGGUGGUGCGGUUUUUAUCAGGGACCGCGGAGGAAAGAAAGUUAAUACUGGUAUGACACUCGGAACUUAAUCCAUUUGUUGAUUGGCAUCGUUCAAGAAAAUAAGUUCGGCUCCUUUGCAAAAAAAAAAAAUUUGUUCCUCGUUUAAUUUAGUCUGUUUCUCUCGUCCCAUUAUCAAAGUUUUGUAAUUAUUAUUAUUGGGUUAUCGGUGAACGCUCGAAACGGACCAACAAAUUACAAAACGAAAAAAAAAAACACACACACACACUAAUCUCCGAUGAUAAUUUAAAUUAUCGAGUUUUGUACGAGUCUGAAAUUUUCUUACUGAGGAGUCGCGAGUAGUAGUUCCUCGGGACAUGGCUCUGGAUACGGUUGUGGUGGCCGGGCUCUGAUAACAUCUGGAGAACAACAACAGAGAUCAGUGUUUAUUUUUUUUUUUGCUAUAUUGAAUUGUGUGCAGCAAGACCGAAAUCAAGAUGGAACUCAUUGGAACUUUAUACGGGGCUUUCCAGCUUACCAUCGUUGUGUUUUUUGUUCACCUAGUCUUAAUAGUCAAAGGAAUUAACAAAAUGGUGGAUGUGCUUUCGAGAAGGAUAAUUGAUACGUAUAACAGAUUCGCUCCGAGGGAUCCGAAUCAGAACGAAUCAAUUUCUUCGAUUAGUUACGUGCACAGGGUUCACAAGGAGCAGAAGUUCAAGAAGCCGACAAAGCAAGCCGUUGAGAAUUUGUUCGCAAUCAAAGAAGAUGUUCCUCCGGUGACGAUAGCACCUCGAAGGCAGUACCCGACCAAUUCGCAAUGUAAUUGUAACAGUCGAGGUGUAACGAAGCCGACUCCAAAUCUGACGAAUUGCGCUCUGAAGAACAUCUUGAAAUACACACCAGCCCAGAAGAAUAUCAAUUUGUUGAACAGGGUGUUCAAUCACCUGUCGCAAGUGUACGAACUCAAGAAGUAUACCUAUCCGCAAGUCGAAGGCACGGUGAUCAAAGAUGAGAGGGUCAAGCAUGCUAUCGAAAAAAUGUCCGUGCAGCAGUUCCGGGAUACGGACGACAAUGAUGACGAGGUGUACAACAAGCUGUUGUCGGGGAACAAGAAGCGUGCGGCAAAAUUGCUGCGAGAUAUGCGUUCGAAACUUUCAGAUUUUCUUCUAAGAUUCACUUCAUGGGUGUUAUAUAAACUGUUUCCGUGCUUCCUGAAGGCUGUUGUGGUUCAUCCCGCGCACGUGCAGAUGCUGAAAGAAGCGAGCAAAUCAAAUUUACCAAUGAUAUUUCUACCUCUCCAUCGGUCUCAUUUGGAUUACAUCCUGAUGUCCUUUAUACUUCUUAACAAUGAUAUCAGAUCGCCGUUGGUUGCUUCUGGAGACAAUCUUAGAAUUCCGUUCUUCGGGUCCCUGUUGCGUGGAUUGGGAGCGUUCUUUAUAAAGCGUCGUGUGGAUCCUAUCAUGGGGAGGAAGGAUCACAUCUACAAGGCGAUUUUACAUACCUACAUGAAUGAAUGCUUACGUGCCGGUCACAACAUCGAGUUCUUCCUCGAAGGAGGAAGGACGCGCACGGGGAAGCCUUGUAUGCCCAAGUACGGCAUUCUUAGUGUAAUUGUCGAGGCCGUCAUCGAUGGCACCAUCGAAGACGCCUUGUUGGUACCUGUUAGUAUUAAUUACGAGAAGCUGGUAGACGGGAACUUCGUUAGAGAACAGCUGGGUCAAGCCAAAGAGAUGGAGACCUUCGGUUCGGCGAUCAAGGGCAUUUGGCAGGUGUUGAACAGCAAUUACGGUAUGAUCCGUGUCGACUUCAAUCAGCCAUUCUCGUUAACGACGUUAAUUAACACGUUCAACACGAACGGUAAAAUUCCAAAGCCAAUCUUCAACAAAAAACUAAAAUCAAAUCCAUCCAGCACUAGUUUAUAUGGCACAGACGUUGUUUCCGAUGAACACAAAAAUAUUGUAGAAAGUAUAUCCAAGCAUGUGAUUUACGAUUGUGCCAAUACUCAAGCCAUAAUGUCGACGAAUGCCGUUGCGUUUUUGCUGUUGAAUAAGUACAAGCAGGGUGUUUCUAUGCAAGAGCUUGUUGAUGCUUUGGAUGAGCUGAAAACUGAGUUGAUAGCAAAGAAUAGGGAGAUCGGUUUCACUGGCGACUAUUUGGAUGUCAUCAACUAUGCAAUUGAGAUCCUAGGUCCAGCGUUGGUCAUGAAGGAGAAGGGUCCCAGCAACGAGGACUUUAUUAAACCGGUGUCGAUGUUACCCAACGUCAUCGAGUUGUCGUACUACAGCAACUCGCUGAUGAGCUGUUACUCACUUGAUUCUGUGAUCGCAAUCGCCCUCUUCUCCCUCGACUUAAAAUCGGGCAUCGUGGAACAAGACGAUCUGGUUCAAGCCUCCCUGGAACUGUGCAAUUACCUCCAAUACGAGUUUAUCUUCUGCAGACCGUGCCAAAGUUUAGAAUCUAAUAUCCUCGAAGCCAUCGACUGCCUUCGCAAUCGCCACCACAUUUUCACACUGUUAGAUAGUGAUAAACCAGCGCAGGUGUCGAUGGCGUGCUUAGAUAUUGAUGACGAGGAGCGAGUCGUCUACAAUCCAGUGCAAUACCAGUUGAACGCCAAGGGUAAAGAGUAUGCGUUCUUCCUAAGAUCGUUGCUGAUGCCUUUGAUAGAAGCGUACUCAGUGACAGCCAGUUCUUUGUAUAAAUUGGUAGACAGGACAGUUUUGGAGAAUGAACUAGUCAAAGACAUAUUGGAGGAAAUGAAGAGCGAGUUAAGCAGCGGCUCUUUAUUAUACGAGGAGAGCGUUUCGGUGGAUCCCAUUAAGAACGCAUUGAAGCUGUAUCAAAGACUGGAACUAUUGGAGGUCCACACAGAGAAGAAAUUGAAAUUAUACUACUUAAAGGAGAACGUGAAUAACAACGACAGCGUGAAGAAGAUGUUCGAGAAGAUCGAUGUGUACCGAUCGACGCAGAAGUUCGACGUGACAAUCUUCAGUUACGAUAUGAAAGAGUAGUGCCUUAUUCUAAAGAAUCAAACGAAGAAAAUCUCAUACACAUUUAUAUAUAUAUAUAAAAUUAAGUUUUAAGAAGUUUUGCUCAUUUUUUUAGUAAUACGUUGUAUUUUUUUGUUUGUUUAAGUGACAUCAUUAACACAAAACGAAGUAAAACAAAGCGAAUUUCGUCCUGAAAAUAUAAAAAAAAAGGCUGAUUGAAACGUUUCUAGAAAUUAUAAAUCAUUAGCAGUUACUUUUCUGUGAUAAUGUUUGAUUGUAUCAUCGAUUUGUAUACUAUUUGGUGAUGUAGAGGAGAGAAGAUAAAAAAAAGAGGGAUUUUUUUGUUUUUAUUAUGAUAUAUAUAUAUGAAUUUAGUUUCUGGAUAUUCA